AGGUCAGCUCGAUUUGACGGGGAUCCAGUUGGAUUCUCUAAGGCAUACCAUCAUUCGCAUACGAUCCAAAUUUCUUCAUUUAUCACGGGAUUCGAAUGUGACUAGUGAAAUCGGAAAGAUUCGCAACACGUUCGAACGUAUUCGAACGCAACUAAGAGUGAAAGACGAUGCAAUGCGUAUGCUUCAUGCUAAUCUGGAACAACGGUUGCGUCGAGCGGAACAGGAGUGUGCCACUUUGGAACAGGAGAAGCAAUGCAUGGAAGAGCACUGUGCUCGAACUGAAUCGCGUAUGGUGGAGAAACGUCGGCAGUGGUCGGAAGAUCAAGGAACAAUGAAUGGAGAGAUGAAAAUUUUGAAAAUGAAAUGUGACGAAGAAACAAAGAAAGUAGAAGAGUUACGCGUAGAAAAUCUGAAGUUGGUUCGUUUACAUAAGUGA